AUGGCUUCGAAACCUACCGUGGCAAUCAUUGGAAAUGGAUGGGCAGGCUUCACAGUUGCAGAAGGUCUGUCAACCACGAAGUAUGACAUUACCGUCGUUGCGCCAAUACGCACUAUUCAAUAUACGCCACUGCUAGCCAGCGCCGCAGCGGGCAUGUUCAACUUCAGAUUAGCAGAAGAGCCCAUUCGUCGACGUGAUCGUGUGCCUGAUUUGAAGUACUACAAAGCCGUCGUAGAAGACGUUGAUCUGGAGAAGAAAGAACUCCAAUGCAGGCCUUCGGUCUCUGACAUUGCAGAGUUACAUCUCAAGGACGCCAACCCUUUCAGCAUCAAGUACGACAAGCUCGUGAUUGCACCAGGCUGCGAUGUCCAGACCUUCGGAACUCCCGGCGCAGUUGAACACGCAAACUUCCUUCGAACGACGGACGAUGCACGACGCAUUCAGCAGCGGCUACUGGAGAUGUUGGAUGCUGCGACUACACCUGGCUUGACUGAUGAGCAGCAGCGAGACCUGCUGAGAAUUGUUAUUGUUGGUGGAGGAGCGAUUGGCAUCGAAGCUACGGCAGAACUCUUCGAUCUCUGGCAACACGACAUGCGGCAUGUCUACCCGCAUCUGGACGGCAAGCUCAGUAUUGAGAUCCAUGACGUAGCGCCCACCAUUCUGGGCAACUUCGACGAGAGGCUCGGCGAGUACGCCUUGUACAAACUGAAGGACCGCGGCGUCAAGAUCGAGACGCAAAGCCAUAUCGAGAGGGUCGAAAAGGGUGCGCUGUGGACGAAGGAGCGCGGCGAGAUCAGAUAUGGCAUGCUCUUGUGGGCGACAGGUAACAGCGUCAACUCGCUAGUGGAGAAGUUGGACGUGAAAAAGUCGGGCAAACUACAGAGAAUCGCCACCGACCGAAAACUGCGAGUCCUCUCAUCGAAACACGACUCACCCCUCCAAGACGUCUUCGCCAUGGGAGACGCAGCAGACAUCGAAGGCUACACUCUCCCCACCCUCGCCGAAGUCGCCGUCCAAAAAGCAGAAUACCUCGCCAAAGCACUAAAUCAAGCCGAUGAACCAUCGAAACCAUUCGAAUACAAACAGAAGCCCAACCUCGCAUACCUAGGCCAACACGACGGCGUCAUCGGCGGACAAGAAGAAUGGACCGGUUCAUCGGCGUGGUUGGCCUGGCGAAGCGGGAGUAUCUUCCACUGGCCGCGCAGCUGGAGACGAACGAUUAUGAUUGGCAUCAGUUGGGCGUUUAAUUGGAUUGGUGGGAGGGAUAUUGCGAGGAAGUGGUAG